AUGGCUGGGCCACCUCUUGCAUUUACCAUAUCCUGCUCUUAUGAAAUCACCGAGUUCCAUCUCAUCCCAAGUUGUUCCCACCACCAUAAGCUACAGUUCCGCCGUUGCAAUCAUAGAUUCCGACCACCUGGCCUAUUUGCGGCAUGGAAUAAGGGACGCUUAAUAAAAGACGAGUCAGCUAUAUAUAAGGAACGACUGUGUUUCCCUGAAAACUUAAGGUUGAAUAACAACACUAACGUUCAUCUGCCAUUCCAACCCAUUGAUUGGCAACGAUUUAUUUUCAACAGAAGAACCUAUCCUGUAGUGUUUCGUCAUGGACACCUCACAAAUACAUCACUGGACAUCCAAGAAUCGGAUUAUGCUGCCUCCGUAUCAAAAACUGUUUUAUCAUCUUAUGAUUUCUACCUGUCUAUCAAAAACUUAAACCCUAUGGAUUUGAGACGCAUUGCAAGUAAUGAUUCUUCCGUUCAAACUCUGACUGUGAACAAGACAACGUAUUCGCUGGGAGAGGAUAUAAAAGUAGAGAUUAUUCUUUUUGACGGAUAUGGGAAACAGCUCACACGAGGGGGAGAUAUCCUCCGUAUUUGGCUAAAAUGUAAAACCAAGAACGCUAGUGUAAAUGGCUAUGUUGUCGAUCACAAAAAUGGAUCGUAUACAGGCCACGUGUUGGCUUUAUGGACAGGUAAUUGUAUCAUUAAAGUGUCUAUAGCAGCAACUAGAGAGCACAUUGCCAUUGUUCUUAAUUGCAUUGAAAACCAUGGAUUAAUGCAUGAUAUGGACGCCGGCUUUAAAAACGGUGAAACUGUAGAACAAACCACAUGCAGUGUGAAACCAAACAUAUUUGGGUCGAAAGAUGUGUGUAAUUUUACAGAAGAAAACUACGGACUGCACUGGUUUUGUGCUAAACCCAAAAAUCGUACACUAAAUUGCAAGGACUGGAAGUUUACUAAAGGCCAUCAAACCGACAAUUUAAGUAAUUCUGAGAGAACUAUUGCCAGGGUCCACAAGCAUAUGAUGUUGAAGCAAAGCCCCGCCAUAACGGUAACCGGAGCGGAAGAUUAUGUUCCUUCUCGAGAUGUACCGUGCUACAAAAGACCUAACAUUGAGACAUGGAAUGAAGAAUCCCCUGUCGGAUUUUACUACAAUGGCAAAUGGCACCAGAGAGGGUGUAAAAACACGUUCACACCUUCCAAGAUUUCAUAUGAGAAGUGCUUACGUGAUCAAUACCUAUUUCUAAUAGGUGAUUCAAAUAUCCGUAUCUGGUUUGAUCACAUACAGAAAAUGAUUAAUAUGGUGAUACCGGAAAACAAAAAGGGACAAACAAAAACGCGAUGGUUCAGCUUAAGGAAUGCUGUACGUCAAGAUUUAAAUUUUACGAUGUUGUGGGCUGUUCAUGAGCUGCCUUUCUAUACAGAAGAAAAUUCACCAAGGGAAAUGAUUAAGUCUGUUGCUUGGUACAUAGAUCGGAUUCCUUACAAGAAAAAGGCUACCAUUGUUCUACAUUAUAUGAUGCAUUUCGCAAGAACUACGCCAUCUGAAUUUCGCGAACAUAUUCGAGACGCCAAAUUUGCGAUUGGUAGAUUGUUUAAGCGUAUGCCGGAAGCAAGAGUAUUUGUGAAAGGUCCACACUCUGCAACAAUUAUAAAGCUGCUAAACCCGCUGGAUUUUAUUAGAAGAAUGCAUGAACAGUUAUUCUAUGAAGAGUUCAUGGAGUUUCAUGACAAGAUUACUUAUUUGAACCAGUGGGAUAUGACAACAUGUAUCGAAAAUGUCAACGUCCAUCCUGAUCCGUCAACCAUUGACCACAUGAUUCAUAAAUUUAUGUCUUAUUUGUGUGAAGCUUAG